AGCGCGCUUCUCUCGCGGGGCCGGCGUUCUGUCUUCAGGCGGCGCCACGGGCAGCCCGCGGUCCUUGUAAGAGCGCGCGGCCCCGCCCCCUUCCCUUUCGGCCGCGGCAGCCAUCUUCCAGUAACUCGCCAGAAUGACGAACACAAAGGGAAAGAGGAGGGGGACCCGCUAUAUGUUCUCCAGGCCUUUUAGGAAGCAUGGAGUUGUUCCUUUGGCCACUUACAUGCGAAUCUACAAGAAAGGUGAUAUUGUAGACAUCAAGGGAAUGGGCACUGUUCAAAAAGGAAUGCCUCAUAAGUGUUACCAUGGCAAAACCGGAAGAGUCUACAAUGUCACCCAGCAUGCCGUGGGCAUCAUUGUAAACAAGCAAGUUAAGGGCAAGAUUCUUGCCAAGAGAAUUAACGUGCGGAUUGAGCACAUCAAGCACUCUAAGAGCCGAGACAGCUUCCUCAAGCGGGUGAAGGAGAACGACCAGAAGAAAAAGGAAGCCAAGGAGAAGGGCACCUGGGUUCAGCUGAAGCGCCAGCCCGCCCCACCCAGAGAAGCACACUUUGUGAGGACUAACGGGAAGGAGCCUGAGCUGCUGGAGCCCAUUCCAUACGAAUUCAUGGCCUAAUGUACAAAAAGAAAUAAAAGACCUGGACUGUAAA